AUGGUUCUCUUCAAGUCUUUUGCCCUGGCGGCCUUGUCCUUGACUCCCUCGGCUGUCGCUCUCCCCACACUGAGCGAGCUUGCCUCCCGGGCUGUAUCUUCGACUCAGCUUUGCGGAGACUAUGCGAAUCUGAUCCUGCCUGAUACGCCAUGGAUCGUCUACAACAUGCUGUACAAUGCUGCUCAGAUUGUCGGCACGCAAUGUACCAACUACGACCAAGUCACUACCAGCAAAAGUGGCACCAAAGAGGUUAUCUGGAGUAGUGUGACCGAUAUCGACUAUGUCGAGAGCACUAACAACGUCCCCAAGGGAUACUCUUUCGUCGGUCUGACGCAGAACCUCGAGACCAAACUGUCCGCCAUCGAUUCCAUUCCCACAGACUACACCUGGACACGUACCAACACCACCGAUUUCAAGGGAAACAUUUGCUUCGAUUUCAUGACCAACGACAUCAAGGGUGACUCGACUUCAUCGUCCUCGCACGAGCUCAUGCUGUGGCUGCAAUACGAGGGCGGGCAGCUGCCGAUCGGCUGGACUAACGGUCCAUCUGCAACCAUUGACGAUCUCUUCGGGACCUCGUGGACCCUCUAUGAAGAUGUCAAUACCGAUACCGGAAUCACGGUCAGCACUCUGAUGCCCGCCAAGCAGUUCGAGGGAUCGUUCUCGGGUGAUCUCAAGGAAUGGCUGCUUGCUUUGGUCGAGGUAGGCACUUUUAAGAAGUCCACCUAUGUGAAUGUUGGUAAUGCUGGUACGGAGUUCUUCUACGGAAAUGCCGUGAUGAACGCGACUCUCGGGUUGCAGAUCAAUCUGGCAUAA